GUAGGCUUCAUUCUGGGCUGCCAGUAUAACUCACAGUCACAACUCUCUUUUAUUUCAGCAGGUACUGAACUUUCAGACAACCAACAUGAAGGCUGAAUAAAGAAUGGUUGGAAAUGAAUACCACAAUGAGAAGCACAACAUCUCAUCUCUCCCCCAACCAGGCUCUUCCACAUGUUCUCAUCUGCUCAUGUCUGGUGGUACUUAUUGCAUCCUCAUUUGCACUGAAACCUGCUAUGUUGCCUUUGAUUGGGCGAAAGCCAUUUAUUGCUGCCUGGAAUGCACCUAUAGACCUCUGCACUAGAAAAUACAACAUACAUGUGAACCUGAAAAUGUUCCACAUUAAUGGAAGUCCCAGAGGCACGCUGACUGGGCAAAAGGUUACUAUAUUUUAUGCAAACAGACUGGGAUACUAUCCUUUUUAUAGUGAGCAAGGUUUACCUGUGAAUGGUGGUCUUCCACAGAACUUCAGCUUGCAGCAUCAUCUGAAGAAAGCUGAAGAGGACAUUAAGUUUUACAUUCCAGCUGUAAAUUUCAGCGGGUUGGCCAUUAUAGACUGGGAAUGUUGGAGGCCACAAUGGACAAGAAACUGGCACAAAAAGGAAAUAUACAAAAGGAAAUCCAGAGAACUUGUUUCUAAAACAUACCUUAACAUUUCAGCUGAAGAACUUGAAUACUUAGCCAGGAUAAGCUUUGAAAAAAGUGCAAUGGAAUUCAUGAGAAGGACUCUAGAGCUUGGUAUUAGGAAGCGACCUGGAGUUCUUUGGGGAUACUACCUCUAUCCAGACUGCCAUAAUUACAACAUUCAUGAACUAAACUUCACGGGAUCUUGCCCCAUGUUGGAACGCAUUAGAAAUGAUGAGCUUCUUUGGUUGUGGAACAGCAGUACAGCUCUUUACCCAUCCAUAGCUAUUAAGAAAGUGCAUGCAGAUAGCAUCAAAAACCUGCAUUUCUCCCGCUUCCGUGUCCUGGAAUCUUUAAGGGUUGCUUCAAUGACUUCCAUGGAGUAUGACCUUCCAACAUUUGUCUACACUCGUCUUGGGUAUCGAGAUGAAUCGCUUACUUUUCUUUCUACAAAUGAUAAUAUGUACACAAUAGGAGAGAGUGCAUCCUUGGGGGCUGCUGGCUUUGUCAUCUGGGGAGAUCUUAAUCUAACCUCCUCAAGGUAUAACUGUACCAAAGUCAAGAAGUUCCUGAAUGACAAUCUUGGCUUUUACAUCACCAAUGUGACAAAAGCGGCUGAAGUUUGCAGUGAACAUCUGUGCCAGAAUAAUGGGAGGUGUAUGAGAAAGGACUGGCAGGCACCUCACUAUUUGCACUUGAACCCCAAGAACUACGUGAUACGACCAACAGAAGAUGGGAACUUCAUUGUGAUAGGAAACCCCUCUGUGGAAGAGUUGUCAGAGCUGAGAGACAGAUUUAAAUGUCACUGUUAUCAGGGUUAUGGGGGAGAAACUUGUGACAGACUGCAUAAGCCAGGCACAGCUGAUGGCUGCAGGCUCUCAGUCACUUACUCCCUGCUUUUGUUGUUUUUACUUCUUUACUUUAUUUUAUGAAGACAAUGGCUGAAUGGUGAGAAUAGCCCACCUAGGAGUACAACAGAAGCAAAUCGUGAAUUGAUACCUGUGUUUGACUUUUUAAACAGCUGCAGUGAUUUUAUUGUACAUUUUUACCUCUCUAUACUGAGCCAAAUAUUAUUAGACAGAUGAGUGUGUGUUUAUUUUUUUACAAAGAAAAAAAAAACAGAUAUUAGUAUACCAUAAAAACUGUAAAAAAAUGACCUGGCUGUAUUUUCAUCUGUGAAAUUCUUUCAAUCUCUGUACUCAGUAGCACACUGUCUAAUAAUUCAGAAAGGUACAGUCAAGGAAUCAAAAGGCAACAUCUGACAAAUGUGCAAUAUGUGUGUCUCUGGAGAAAUGGAGCUUUAGACGUCUGGUGUUGACAACCAGGUUGUAUAAAUCUAUAAAGCUGCAGAAGUCAGUGUAAGUGCUCAGUAUUUUUAAACAUUAUACAUUCAAACUAUAUAGUGUACAUCUAUCCAUCCAUUCAUUUGCUUUACCCUCUUAUUCCAUCUAAGUAGUUCUGGAUGACAGAGUGCAUCCUGGUGUCACUAGGCCUAAGUCAUAAUGCAGUUAAUCACAGGGUACACUUAAAUGCAUCUUCAAACUCAGAACAUUUAGGAGGGAUUAAACCAAAUCAUCUUUAAAAUAAACUCACGAGAAUAUGACAAGAAUAUUAAAACUCUAAAGAAAUGGAGUCUGGAGUGCUAAAGCAGAAGCGCUAAGAUGAUUCUCUUCAAAUAUUCCAUGUAAUUAGGAAAGUUACAAACCUAUAAAUGAACUAGAAAUCAUUUUAGGGUGAUUAAACUGUAAAUUAUUUUUUAUGCCUACUCAAUUAUGGUAUGCUGCAAAAUAUUUUACUCUUCAAAAGCACUUAGUGGACAUUAAUGAUAAUUUGGUCCAUCAAGGCUAACAAAGAGGUUGCAGCAUUUAUGUCCUGAUUGGGCAGUCCUUAGAACAAGUGCCUUCUUAUGCAGGAUGUUUUGCAGUGUCUAUUUUACUGUGCAGAAAUAACUUUCUCAUAUUCAGUGUAGGUGAGAGAGCUUUGAGGAGUACAAAAAAGCAGAAAAGAAACAUAAAGUAAGAGCCUCACUGGAAAAUCUCACUGGAGAUCUUAUUUUGCCCAGUGUUGGACAUUUCAGACUUUCUUGUUUUACCAAAAAUCCUUCCUAACUUUUACCACCCUAUAUUAGCAAAUAUAACUUGGCUAAGCAAUACUGCUGGGGCCAAAACUAACAGAACACUUUCUGAAACUUGAAAGCACCCGUUAUGAGAAGGAUCUAGGAGUCAUAGUGGAUUUGUCACCAUCUGCACUAACAGGACUGUGUGCAGAAGUAAUCAAAAAGGCCAGUAAGAUUUUAGGUUAUGUAUCACGAUGCAUGGAGUACAAUUCAAGUGAGGUUAUGCUUAAGUUAUAUAAUGUACCGGAGGGGCCUCACAUGGAGUACGGUGUACGAUAUUGGUCUCUAUAUUACAAAAAGAUAUAGCAACUCUAGAGAAAGUCCAAAGGAGGGUGACAAGGCUGAUUCCAGGACUGAGAGGUAUGAACCGUGAAGAACAGUUCAAGGUGUUGAACCUUUUCACUUAACGUAAAUAGAGAUUAAGGGGUGACAUGACUGGUGUUCAAAGUUAUGAAGGAAAUUAGUAUAGUGGAACCCAGCUGUUACUUUAAAAUGCAUUUUUCAAGAAGAACACAUAGACACAAAUAAAAACGUAUUAAUUUUGUACAAAAAUCAGCAUCAGUAAGCUUUUUGUCACACUGGUGGAAAGCAGGACUGUUGAUGUGGAGAACCUAAGGGAAUUUGACGGACAAGCUUGUUGGGAUGAGCGGCCUGUUCUUGUCACAACUAUUGUAAAGUCAGAAUAUUCUAUUAUUGUGAUUCUGUCCUGACACAUUGUGCUGCCAGUUUCAUCACAUCGUCAGGAAUGUUACCUGAAUUAAACACUUACAUAACUGUGGUAAUUACUGUUUGAACCUACCAUUAGCACCCAUAGCAUUGUGCCUUAUUGAAGGUGCAUCAAUCUACAGUAUGCUGAAUCAGUUAAAAUACUCUGUCCCUUAAGGCGACUCUCUACUUUUUUAGGCCAAAGUGCUUUUCGAUGUAAAACAGCUUGAUAAUAACAUUUCCUCUUGUAAAUUCCCCACUAACUUCACCACUGGCUACCAUUAAGUGUUAAACACUACAUGUAAAUAACCAAUGUUCAGAAAUUGGAAUUAUAGUACCUACUGUAUAAAUUUAAUCUUUAAGUAUUUAUGUUACCCUGCUCUUAUAAAAUUAAGAGAUUGACACCACCCUGGCACAGCUAUUUUUGAAAUGCUUGGACUUUCCCGUUGCAAUAUAAUCUCUGCAUUAAAGAAAUACUCGCUUGUGUAGUGAGAGCAGAAAGGCAGAGAGAGAGAGCAAGCCUGCUGUUGCAUGAUACCAUACCCUCACAGCUACAGUACAAUUCAGACACCCAUUUGGGCACAGGGAAUUCCCUCUAGCUCAACUGUGUACACUGUCAUCUGCUGACUUGGAGUCUCUGUGUGAGGGAGUGUAAUAGAGAAACAUGAAGUCUUGAGCAAUUUCUCACUGGUGACAGCAUGCAAUGUAAUCAAUAUGGCUUGUUCCAACUAAAAGCCAGGAAAAGAGCAAUUCAACACAACAAAAUAUCCAUCAGUAGAGAGGUGCCAAUGAAAAUCUUAAGACAAUAAAUAUGAAAAUAUGGUUCCCUAGUGUGUGCU